AUUACAUGCCCAGUACAUUGUCAUGCUCUACCAAAGGUAGCCACUCUGCCACUCGCUCAUUGUGCAGUGAAGCCCUUCCUCUCUGAACAACGCAUACCUCGCGAGCGAGAACGACUAUUCAAAUCAACCUUGAUUUCUUCGUACAAAUCUUCCUAUCCUUUCUGGCACCCCUACAUACCGAAAACGACUCCAGGCAUUCCACAGUGCUCACUCCUUCAAUCACACUCACUACCAACAAUUGUCCACAGGCCUUCCACCUCCUCAAACACACGGAUCCGGUCCUUGGACCGCGCUGGUCGCAAUGAUUCCUAACAAGGCAGAAGAUAAUCUGCUAUGGGUCUUGGAUGAAGCUAUCCCCGACCUCAGCAAGCGGGCAGGAGACCACCCUAGUUUCGCAAACGUCUCCGACCUGUUUUCCUUUGCACAUGGCUUGGCGGGAGUAGAUCAAAUUGGCAACUAUCGGUGGACAUACGUCCUACUUCUGUCUUUUACUCUCGUCUGCUUCAUCACAUUGAUAUUACGAAUCCACCAAAUGAUACAAUCACAUAUUCGACAUCUGGCUGCUACAACACACCCCGGUAAAGAGGGAAAGAACAAGCAAAACUUUUGGAAAACGAAUGAGAAUUGGUACUGGGCGAAGCUGAAGAAACAUUUGUUUUAUGCGCCUCUCUGGAAAAAUCGCCAUAAUCGAGAAUGGCAGUUGUCAUCGGCGAUCAACAUGGGUACUCUGCCAUCCAGGUUCCACAUGGUGCUUUUGGUACUAUACUUCGGGUCGAACCUUGCCUACUGUCUAAUCCUGCCGUAUCACGAGCAAGAAAAAGCGAUAAUAAUGGCAUCGCUUCGUGGAAGGUCUGGGACACUUGCCGCCGUCAACCUGAUACCUACCAUCCUUUUCGCGUUGCGAAACAACCCCUUGAUCUGGCUACUGCACGUCAGCUACGACACGUUCAACCUACUCCACCGGUGGGCCGCGAGAAUAGUUGUAAUCGAGACAGUGGUGCACACCGUUGCCUGGUUUAUCAACACAUACCGCGCAGGUAAAUGGGAGCAACUCAGCGAUACGCUUGCCACCACGCCCUCCUAUCAGUGGGGCUUAGUUGGCACAGUCAUGUUUGUGUCCCUUUUUUUCACCGCUUGGUCUCCCGUACGCCACGCGUUUUACGAGACUUUCCUUAACACUCAUCGCCUCUUUGCGGCUGUCGGUAUUGCCGGCGUGUACGUCCACCUCGAUCUGCACCGCCUUCCUCAGGUCCCGUGGAUGUGGAUUGUCCUAUUGUUUUAUGGCAGUGAAUGGUUCAUUCGGAUAUACCAAAUCAUCUACAACAGCAUCGCGACCCGAGCUACCACGAGUAUCACUGUCGAAGCCCUACCGUUCGAGGCCAGCCGCGUGACCGUCAAGCUGGUUCGUCCCUGGCAUCCGAAGCCUGGGUGCCACGCUCAUAUCUAUGUCCCAGCGAUAGCCCUCUGGAGCUCACAUCCCUUCUCGAUAGCAUGGACCCACCCUGAAGGUACAGCAGACGACAAAGAGAAGAUGGAUGUCGAAAGCUUGAUCGGUCGACGCACGACUACUCACACCAUCUCUUUCAUCUGCAGAGCCAGAGAAGGUAUGACCCGCAAGCUUUAUGAGAAGGCUGCCAACCAGCCAAACCACAUCUGGCAUACAUGGGGCGCCGUUGAAGGCCCAUACGGUGGCCACGACAAACUUAAUUCGUACGGCACGAUAAUGCUAUUUGCUGGCGGUGUCGGCAUCACGCAUCAAAUAAACUUCGUCCAAGAAAUGAUCAAAGGCUACGAAGAAGGAAUAGUCGCAUGCAAAAAGCUGAUCCUCGUCUGGACGAUACCGAAGGUCGAAUGCUGCGACUGGAUAAAGCCAUGGAUGGACCAGAUAUUAAGGAUGCCAGGGCGGAGAGAUAUUCUCAAAAUCAUGGUGUUCAUCUCUAAACCGAACAACGCUAUAGAGGUCGUGAGUCCAUCGGAGAGCGUCAGGAUGUUCCCGGGUCGCUGCGAUCCGCAGAGACUCAUUGACAAAGAGAUCCGAGAACGCGAUGGUGCCAUGGCAGUCACUGUCUGCGGACCAGGUGUCUUUGCCGACAGUGUACGGGCAGCCGUGCGAAAUCGUGUCGACGUUGGCGUCAUUGAUUUCAUCGAGGAGGCCUUCUCAUACUGAUCGCCGUCACUCUUAACACCUCGCUACUGUAGCAGUUUUUUCCUUUGCGCAUAUACCACAUUUUUCUACCUUUGCAGUAAUCGCAGCAUGCACAGGCGUCACGACGCGUUUCCUUCACAUCACAUCACAUGGCAUCUCUUGCAUAGCAUCCAUCCAGCACGAUGGCCUUUGUAUAUAUGAUAUAGCAUAGCAUCUCACAUAGAUGGCGGGCAUUAGUAAAAAGUCGCAUAUAAUUGCCCCAGGAAAUAUAUCUCGAAUACUGAACAUUCCACAGCGGAACCGUGAUAAGUGUGAUAGCACAUGUAUUCUCUACUACUCAUAUCCUUGUGAAAUCGUUUUACGUUGAGCGGUCUAUGUACUUUUUACCUAUCUUCUGGAUGUAUAACUGC